UUCAUGAAAUCAUUUGGAUUUUUAUUAGGCAUGAAUUGCUUUAUUGUUUCCGACGACGGAUACAAUUCAAGUAAUAAUUUAGCUGCUGCUUGCUAGCAGGAAAUAAGUGAAGAGAAAUAAAGAAUAAUGUGAAGUGAGGGAAAAGAGAGGCGAGUGAUAAUAAGAUUAUCCCUUUAGUCUCGUGUGAAAUAUGUAAGUGUGAUAUUUCAAAGUCGUACUACUUCAAGUUACAGAUUACAGUUGUGUUCUACAUGAAAGGUGAAAAUAACGAGAAAAAAUAGUUUCCAAUGAAUGAAUGGAAUUGACAAGCCGUCGUGAAAUUCAUUUAGUGCAUAUCAACAAAAAAUAAAUUCGAAGCUUCAACUAGAUUUGAUUUAGAAAAAACUAAAACUUUAAUUUGAAUACCAAACAAUCUAUUUGAUCACUCACAAGCUCCAAUUGUUUGCUGUAAUCACUGCUGAGUGGAUCCAUGCAACUGUCCGCAGAAAUGUCGUCUGCUGAUUAUAUCUCACCUCCUGGAAUUGAGAAAUGCCAGCACUGCUGGAAAUUAGCGACCGUUACGUUAUCUCUGACGCUGAAGCCACUCUGCCAAAUUGCUAGUACAACAAUUCCUGCUAUUCAAUGUUAUGUUUUUAACCUGUUGAACUUUCUUCAGUCAGCGACGUCGAUCGCCUAACAACUUGUUGAUUACACGCAAGGACUUUUCAUCUCUAAUAAUGAAAAUGGAUUGAAAAUCCGGCGUAACCUGCGCUCAUCGAUUUAUCUUACACUCAGCCCAAGUGGUCAUCGCUCAUUUUUGCUCCCCCGAAUAUAAUUUGAAUUUUCAAUCUAAUUGUAAUUAUUCUGAGUGAGAUUGAUCAUAUCACGAUAAUUUGCAACAUUCUUCAACACCAAAUAAUUUUUCUGAAACUUCUCCUUUUUUACCUUCGUAUAGGCCUUUUCUUUCUUAUUUUUCUCAGAUUUUUCUUGCUGUUUCGAUGCUUAAAAGUGGCUCUUAUUUGAAGUGCUUAUUCACACACUUAGACACAGCCACUGAUGAUGAGUGGCCUCCCACUCUCCCGGAUACCCUCGCAGAUUUUUAUAAGCUCUCUUGACCCUCAACUGCCAAGCGAUGCCUCCGUCUUAAGACUAGUCGCACUCAUUCACUAAUAACUUCGCCAUGGAGUAAUCAUUUGCUAUUUAUGGCAGGUCUUCUUGCCAUUUAAAAAAAAUUAUGUUUAGUUGUUAGAGAGAGAUUCAUUCAUCGGAGUAUUAACUAUUUAGUGGAUAGACCAUCCAUUAUACAGUUGAUAGACCGUCUCAUCACUGUCUGUUCAUUUACCCCUCUAUACUCUUCUCAAAUGUCCUCGUCAAGAGUUUCCCUCAAGUGAGUUCGCUUCUUGUCCCUCACUAUAGUACCCCUUACUUCAGCACUUCACGUCUUCCCUUCACUACUACCACUCACUCUUGCCCCUCAUUAGUGGUCUUCGGCUACUGCCCUUCAUUUCUUCCCCUCACUACUACCACUCACUCUUGCCCCUGAUUAGUGGCCUUAGGCUACUGCCUUUCAUUUCUUCCCUUCACUACUACCACUCACUAGUGCUCCUCAUUUGUGGUCUUAGGCUACUGCCCUUCAUUUCUUCCCCUUACUACUACCACUCCACUCACUAGUGCUCCUCACAAGACCCCUCACAGCAGCCCCUCACGAAGGCCGCCAUGCCGCUGUUCAAGGACUGCGUUUGUCGGCGCAAGAAGCCACGCAAACUGCAGGCGUGCCCUGGGGAGCCUCAGCGCCACGUGUUCAAGUUGAAGAAGUUGAAACGCUCGCGCCCAUGUCACGUGUGUCACCAACACGUCGCAAAACUCGGCGCUUGCUGCAGAGUUUGCAAGUUCCUUGUCCACAAAGGCUGCGAACCUAAGAGCCACCUGGAAGCCACUGAUUCGACUAAACAGCCUUUGUCCAGCAGCAGAAAUACGCAGUCGGCGGCGCGCCUGAACCGCAUCAUCAGCGUGUCGUUCGGACCGUCCUACAAGAAUGGCAGCGGGUCGUCCUCGACUUUGCCGCACACGCGCACCCUCCCGUGUGCCAUGCCCACCGUGUCGGGGGGCAGCAGCCUCCGUGUGGGGCACAGCAUCGCACACGGCAGGGGAGGAUCUCUUCGGGAGGAUCUCACGCGGCAAGGAUACAAUACGGCUCAGAGGAUGGAUCUUGUGUACGUCACUGAGAGGAUCAUCUCACUGGCGUUCCCACCGGAUCUCGAUGGAUCGGCCUACACGAUGCAUCUCCGGGAGGUGGCUCAUAUGCUCUCGUCCAAACAUGGCGACAACUUUAGGGUGUUCAACCUGUCGUGGCACCAGGGCGAGGUAAGCCACUAUCUGCCGCGGGUCACGGAGCUGGGGUGGCCGCCGCUGCUGGCCCCCGCGCUGGAGAAGCUCUGCGCCGUGUGCAAGGCGCUCGAGUCCUGGCUAGCAGCGAACAACCAGCAUGUCGCCGUGCUGCACGACAGAGAAGGCUACGAGAAGCUUGGCGUGGUGGUUGCCGCCUACAUGCACUACACGAACAUCUGUGCGUCCACUGACACCGCCCUGGACCGCUAUGCCAUGAAGAGAUUCUUCGAUGAUAAGAUCGGCCAACUUUAUCAUCCUUCACAAAAACGAUACGUGCAGUAUUUCUCGGGUCUCUUAUCUGGCUUGAUAAGGAUCAACUCGAACCCUUUAUUCCUACACACCCUGACGCUGUACGGCGUGCCACACUUCGAGUCCAGAGGCGGAUGUCAUCUCUUCAUCAAGGUAUACCAGGGUAUGACGCACGUCUACACGUCAGGCGUCUACCAGAUCACAGAAGGCCUGCGCUACGUCACCAUCGUCUUAGAACAACACAAGUCCUCCAACACCUCACAGAACAACGCCCGCGUCAGCGGCAUACAGCUGCGUGGGGACGUUCUUCUCAAAGCCUACCACCGGAGACUGGGUCCACCGCCCUCCAGGGAGGUGGUCUUCAGGGCGCAGUUUCACACCUGCGCCGUUAGUGAAAAAGUCCUCGGCUUCAGUAGACUUGAUCUCGACGACGCGUGUAAUGACCUGCGGUUUCCACUGGACGGAGGCAUCGAGUUGAGUUUCUCCCGCGGGGGCGACGACCCCCCGCGCGCGGUGUCCAACGUGUCCUGUGACAAGAGCCCGUGUCCCGUGACUGCCUGGGACAGCUACGAGGUCCUGCCCGGCAGGCGAGACGAGACAGGGGCGCACGAGUCGGUGCCUCACACCCUGGGCCCUCUGGACGGCUCACUCUACGCUACCGUCAACAAGAGGAGAAAUAACAGCGAUAUCAAUAACGUCAACAACAUCAAAAACUCUUCAUCUUGCCAACAGUUUGACCAACAGCAGCAGUUGCAACAACAUCCAGAGUCCAGUUUACAGUACCCUGUAGAUCAUAGACUAGACCAUCACCUUCACCAUCCCCAUUCUUCGUAUUCCUUGCUCCGCCAGACCCCUGUUAGAAGUCAACAAGAUCACUUUUCAAGUGUUAAUAUUGGCCAGCAUAGUCGGUCUACUCCACACACUCCGCAACAUCCGUCACUAUUACAACAACAACAACUACAACAACAUUCUACUCAUCAUACUCCGGUGGCCACAGGGCAACAUUUAGUACAUCAUCAGCAUCACUUGUCUCAGCAUCAUCACCACCAUCACAUUCACCACCAAGGUUCUCAGCCUCACCAUCAGCAACAACAGCAACACCAGCAGCUACAACAACAAUACCAAUCUUCCCACACUCCUUCCCACGCGCUGCAGCACGCGAGUCUAGCGACGCCUUCGCCGCUCUCGUCUGCCUACGCGAACGGUCGCUACCCUGCCUCCGUGGACUCUGGUUUCGCUGGCAGCAUAGCUCCUCUAAGUCCUCCCACGUCUUCUGUGAGUCCUGCUGCAUCGUCUCAACCGCAGCAGUCUUCAUCGUCCACGUCCACUGCCCCGCCCCAGGAUAACGCACAUCUUUCAUAUAGACAGUCCACAUCGUCUACAGCUGUUCAAGAGCACUCUCGACUUCAGGCUUGUCAGGCGUCUGCUGACUGUCAGAAUCACGAUCACCGUCAACAACCCCCACAAGUUUACAGAAGAUUUUCUGACCCAAAUCAGCUGAACAUGGCACCUGUUGCUGCUGUAGCCUCUCGACCCACCCAGGCAUCUCGCGGGGGGCCUUCGUCGCGCGUUGACGCCCGGCAGCUCGAUGAACUCCUCGCCGGUAUGCUCCUCGAUAUUGAAAGUAUCCCGGACCUAAGACCGGGACAAAGCCCAGCUCCAGACAUUAACUCCAUCAGGUGUCCAGAUCUGUCCUGGAACACUUCGUCGACCCGCGGGCGCAGCUCGAGUAGUCGGUCUGGUCCUACGAUGAGCCCCGUGAACGGCUACGGUGGCGUGUCACACCACGACUCGAUGCUCGACACAUCCUUGACCCUGAGUGCUGCCGACGAAGGCACUCCCUACCACACACGUCUUGACUCAAGGCCGUUCAGUUACGGAGCAGUCACUUCGUCUCCCGUACUUCCGCGACGACGAUCCCCGUCUCCGAACUCCUCACCGAACCGACGCGUCGCCCGUGAACCGAUUAUCAGUCGGUCAGGACUAGAAAGUCCUCGACUGGUUCGCCGGAUGUCGGGCAGCGUCGGCGCUGUGGCGGGAAACACCACAACCGACAGCGGCGCCGCCAUGUCAGCGGGAUCCCACAUCAAUUCCUCGGUGCUUGGUAACGGGACCACCACAAACACGACACGUCGAAGCCCAUCUCCUUCUCCAGAACCUGGCAGUCGAAACUCGACCCUCAGGAGGGAGCGGUCCCAAACCCUGACGAACCGCAUCAUGGCGGGUGAACCCUCACCCCCUUCUUCCCUUACUCGGUCCCACGUUACCAGAUCUGCGUCCCGUCUUGACGAUCCGGACGCCAUCUUCGCUCCCGAUACCCUCAGUCGGAGCCUAAGCGGCACCAGCAGCUCGUGGCUGGCGACACAACAGCGCAAGCUCGUCGAGCGUCGCGAGGCCAACCGUCGCGCUGACCGCGGGCGUCACGAGGCGCGGGUCAUCAACGAACUGCGCUCCAGGAUCGGACAGCACUACAACCGAACGAACACUACGAAUACCUCAUCGUCGUUCUCGGGCGUUAGUCGCUACGGUCGCUACGGUGACUUUGAAGACGGUUACGUCUCAGAUACGACAUUGUUCUCGGACACUUCACGGGAGUCAUCACCCACGAAGCAUCACCCAUACUCACCCCUGAGCGUGUCCACGGGUUACAACAACACCCUGAACUCCAGGGACACCGCCUACAGGAGGAGUGCCAGUGCCAGGGAACAUUCCGAGCCUUCAUCACCCAAUGUGGCGUCCAAGACCGCGACCCACAACUUUGCUAGAGAUCGGCUCCAGAGACUGAACCAGCACUACGCUAACACCACCAAGACUCUGUCUCUGUCACGCAAAUAUUCGGACGCAUCGCAUGACCGCGAGCGGCCGUUCGUGAGCAUCAAACGCGCGUUCGCCUCGGACAGGGGACGGGACUCAGCUUUGACUCAGCUGCAGUCAAAUCCUCUGGGUCACAUCAACUACCAUCACUCAUCGUCACCACACCAGGGAGAGGGACUUCUCACCACCCUGCACCACCAGACGAAACAUUCACCAGCUUCUGCUUCUACCUCUUCUGCUAAAGUGUCACACGCUUUUUCCACCGCCACCGACAACCCCCGCAACGUCACGCCUGUCACAGCAACUUCUUCAGUUCAUGAAGACGACGUUACUCGCGCUCGUAACGCUUACAAGACUUACCUCGCUUCAAUAGCUGCUAACAAAGUUAUCCCGAAUAACUAUGACGACGCGCGCGCUUUCGUUGCUGCAGAUAAGAACGUCUUCCGCGAGCGAUCUUUGGAUAUGUCAAACUUGCGCAAAGCGCCUUCGUCGAAUUACAUCGACGAUGCUGCUGCCAACGACGCAUCUCGGUAUUACAAUAUGAUAAUUCCAAAUGUUAUUUCCGACGCGUUGGCUUGUACACAAGGCACUUCAAACAAUGCUCCAUCUUCUAACAAGAAAACGCUUCCAAACGACCUCUACUUCGCAUCCGACAACAGGGUGUACAAUAUCACUGGGUAUACCAACUCGCUGGACAGAGGAGUGCACAAGCGGCUAUCAUCCCUCAAUCAUUUUCGUAUCGACUCAUCGUUGAAACACAACAAUAUCAACAAUGUCAUCCCGGAGCCGUACUCAUCGACGUUACCUAAAACCCUGAACCAAAGUUCAGGUCAAAGUUACAACUUGAGGAGUUACUGCAACGGCCCCAAGCCCAGCCAAAGCAGCGCCAACACUAGUUCCAGUUCAGGGGCUCCUGAGAGUUCAGAGAACAAAGACUCUGAGAGCAGCACUAGUGUGAGCGUUAGUUGCUCUAGUGCCAACGAUUUCAUGCUAGUAUCAGCACCUGAAGGUUUCAACAACUGUACUUCAAGCGUUGUGUCUGCUGUGUCGCCUGUCAGUCCUAAGCCCGGCGACGAGGGCGCUUGGCAGAGCGACUGUGAGGGCGGAGUGGGCGGCGCCCACCGCCCCAUUACUCCGGGCUUCCCGCCGUCCACGCCCACCACGCCCUACCUCAACCAGGGUCUGCCGCCCAAAAGCCCCACCAUGCAGCGACGAGCUCAUCUCGGCCUGUCUUCCCUUAACAAUCAGCGACCUGCUUCUGCUGCCAGCACUGCCAGCAACAACAGCAAGGACCAAGUUGGGAUGGGGAUGACCUCGUCCUCGCAGUAUCGCAGCACCUCCCCUCACAACGGCCACGCUAGCCCCGCGCCUUCCCUCUACCAGGGGCCCAGUCGCCGGUCUUCCCUCACUUCCCUCAACGACAGCGGAGGCCAUGACGUCAUCCACAGCCAUCCUAAGUUCGUCAAGGAUAUUUCCAAGUUCUGGUACAAGCCCAACAUCAGCAGGGAUGAAGCCAUCAACAUCCUCAAGUCUAAGCCCCCCGGCACGUUCAUCGUGCGCGACUCGAACUCGUUCCCCGGCGCGUUCGGUCUCGCCGUCAAGGUGGCCACCCCGCCCCCUAACGUGGUGGUGUCCUCAACGAGCGGGGACCCCGCUAACGAGCUCGUUAGGCACUUCCUCAUUGAGCCCACGGCGAGGGGAGUCAGGCUAAAGGGAUGCAGCAACGAACCUGUUUUCGGUUCGCUGUCGGCGCUGGUGUACCAACACUCGAUCACGGCGCUGGCGCUGCCCUGCCGCCUGGCGCUGCCAGAGCGCGACCCUGCUGCAUCCACCGCAUCCACCAGCGCCUCGUCCACCUCUGUGGAUAACAGCGUGCUUCUCCAGCAGGGAGCGGCAUGCACCGUCCUCUACCUGCACUCGCUGGACACUGAGAGUUUGACGGGACCGCAGGCCGUUAAGAGGGCGGUUACCAGCCUCCUGUCUGCUGCUUCUGUCAGGCCUACGCCUGUACAUUUUAAGGUCUCAUCAGCGGGCAUCACACUAACGGACAACCACCGGACGCUGUUCUUCAGGCAGCACUUCCCUGUGGCGGCCAUCAGCCACUGCGGCACCGACCCUGACGACCGACGCUGGCAGCACAACUCAGACACCGGCGAGCCUCUAGCCUCACUGCGAAUUUUUGGUUUUGUUGCGAAGAAGGGAACUGCUAGAAACCAAAACCAGUGCCAUGUGCUGGCAGAGUUGGAGCCAGAGCAGCCUGCCACCGCCAUCUGUAACUUUGUCACCAAGGUUAUGAUGACGUCGGCCAACAGAGCUAAUCUUGUGUAAUGGUUAUGACGACGUCAACCAACAGAGCUAACCUUGUGUAAAGGUUAUGAUGACAGCAGCCAACAGAGCUAGCCUUGUGUAAAGGUUAUGAUGACAGCAGCCGACAGAGCAAACCUUUUGUAAAGGGAAAACCUUAGCGUAAUGAUUUUGCACUCUAUUGGCUCAUGGACAAGCGUUCAACUUCGUUCCCGAUUAACAUUUUCAGAUUUGAUCGAAUGUAAACGGGAAAAAAUAUAUUUAAAAUGAACUCCGAUGUUCAACAAGUCCAGGCUAUUCAAAUGAGUAUCAACAAAGUGGUGAGUGAAUGGAUUCAUAAUUAGUCAUGAGAUGUUGAACAGAAUUAAUAACGUUUAAAAGGGAAAUGUUGAAAAACCAGAUGCCCAGAAUCAAGAACGUUCUUCCGUAGUUUUCUUGAAGAAGACUUACCUCGCUUCAACGUUUUAAACAAAAAUCUUUCAUCUUGAGGACUUGAAGUCAAUUUUUCCUAACCAUGUACGUAAAAAAACUGAAACCGUAAAAGUCAAAGCAAAUAGAUGACACAUGUGCUUCAUCACUGAACUAAAAAGAUAGCUUAGGUGUUUCACUGUAAAAGUUAAAGUACAGAGGUUUCGUGCUUCAGUUUUAAUAUGGAUGUCUGGUGUCCAAGUGAAUCUCACUCGCUCAAUGACUCGCCGCGAAGCUGAGUCUCUUGAUGUUGUUUUGUGUGCGUGUUGAACUUGGCGGUCCACAUACUCUAGUUCAUACUCAUACACGAAUUUUUCUUGCAUUAUGAGUCAAUGCGUAGGUAAAUAAUUAAACGUGUAGCAGUAGAGUCUUCUUCUUACAAUCCCUAGUCCCUGAUAAGGGGAAGUCGAGCCAAGUCUACGUAGAACAUAUGAAAAUUUCCGAGUUAAGUUAUCACAGUUAGGAAAAAACUUGCCAAUUUUUCGUUCAAGAAUAGAGAAGUAAUCAGGAAACUUGCCAAGGUUUAUUUGAAAGUCAGAAUGCGAUCCAAUUUCUCUUCGACCAAAUUCUGGUCCAUAGACAAGAGAAGAGUAUGGCGCGUUGUCGCACCGAAGUGUACGACAACAUAGUCAGCAAAGUGUACGACAACGUAGUCAGCAAAAUGUACGACAACAUAGUCAAGGCCCGUGGCCGAGAUCAGGGUAGAAGUUGCUGUAAUUAUGUACGAUCUCGGGUCGCAUCAGAUUUACGUCUCUUAAUUAAAAAUUUCUAGCUAUUGUAUGGACUUGAAUGUGUUAGGAGAGGUUCACGUGCUGUAGACAAUAUUACAAUUUAUUGUUAUUAUUAAAAUGUAGAGAGCAUGGAGUGUAACGUUCAUUAUUAAUGAUAUAUAUAUAGAAAUUACUUGUAAAAAUCUUUAGAAUGUAUCAAGAUAACGAAGGAAUCAACAAGACUCUAAUUAAACAAACGAGAUGAGCAAUAUUAAUUCUUUGACGAAGCAUACUAAUUAACGGGUUAAGUUAAUCAGAUGAAUGAAUUUAAUUAACAUUGUCACUAAUUGUAUAUUUUUUCUGAAGAAGUACGUCUGACAUGCGCGAAUGAGCAUUGGUUACUUCAUAUCGUUCUGUACGAGGAGGAAGCCUUGACUGUACGUUUUCAAUAAAUUAAAAAAUAAACCUAUUUCUGUUCAUUGUAAGAUGGAACUGAAGGCUCAUGAAAUUUAUGCCAAUGUUUUUGUCUGAUUUUUCUAUGUAUAUUUUCUUCCUUGAUUCCAUGAAUAAAAGUUAUAUAUCUACUUAUGACGAGUAACUUGACGUAACUUUUAUUGAAAUUAUUUAGGAACUAUAUGUAAAUUCAUUUGCCUGCAAAGCCAUCGCAAAUAAUUUCUCUGUCAUAGUUCUUUUCUUUGAAACGUUUACGAGUAAACCAUCUGUAAAAUUUUAUUCAAUCACAAAAUAAGGUUAAGUUUAUUUACAAAAUGAGCUCUGGUGCCACUCCGCUCGACCUCUGGUUCUUUUUACCCAACUAACGCGUGCAUAAUGUAAUGAUUCUUACAUAUUUGAUUUAAUAAAUAAUAAACUAUACAGGGCAUUGCUUUUCACCGCAGUUAUUUUCUAUACCGAUUUUUCUCGCAUCGCUGCCGACGAUCAAUAUUCGCAUUGCUAUGUUAUAUUGCAUAUCAUGAUAUUUCAAGUUGAAUAUGUGCAAUUGCUGUUUGAUUCUGUGAAAUGUGUCGGUUUCGAAAUUUCACAGAGAAUUUAUUCAGUUAAAGUAGCUAAAAGGCGACAGUUGUGCAAUGAACGUGGCUCUAACCUUGACACGAUUUCGAUGCAGUCAUGGUAGAAUUUUUUCGGCUUUUGUGGAACAUUUUUUGGACAUAUGGACGUUGAUACGCUCGCAAAAAGCACCAAAUAUUUAAACAUACAAUAUCUGGUGCUGAAUUUCACACCUUUACUGUUAUUUCUUCUUUGUUGUUCAUUCAAAAUAUUUUCCUAACCUCUAAAUAGUUAUUUAAUAUGUUGAAGAAGAGUCGCAAGUAAUGGACAUAUUUUUUGAACUGCCUUGGGUGCCCUGAAGCAAGCUAUGCAUUUGUAACUAUUAUGAGUCAGCAGUUUUCUGGUAUUUUAGCUUUAUUAAUAGUGUAUAUUUUACCGUUCAUUAAUUUACAUUAGCUCUAUUGACGGCAUAAUAACUUUGUUGUAGCCUCGGGCCAUUCAAGCAAAGCGUUAUUUUUGUGCAAGCAAUACCCGUCAUUUUUAAUGCUGCUCUACGCUGUUUUAUUACUUUUCCUUAUUGUGUAUUGCACAUUAUCUAUUUUAUGUUGUACCUAAAUAAAUUACUCUCACUUCUUGAAUAUUAGUAAGUAAUCUUGCUACUGCUGAAUAAUUAAAGAUUAAUUUGCAGAGCUUCUAUUUUUAUUUCUUUUAUAAGAAAAUGCUGUAGAUACGCGCCUAAAUAUUAUUAUCCGCCUUUGUUACGAUUGUACAAAAAAAUGCGUUGCCACUAACUUGUUAUUUUAAAUAAGAUAACUCGUGUUAUAUUAUCAUAAUUUUAGUUGUGUGUCCAUACAUAUGAACUAUUUCGCCGCCUUGGAUUCGAUAGGUAAGCGCAAGAUUUCCAAUCAAAAGAAAUUCCUUAUCCAUGCUGAUUUUUUUACUUUCAGGUUGAUAAAUUCCACGAGUUAUAUGCAUGGUCGCUACUUUUCCGUCUGAUGAAGAUCUAAAUUUGCAUCUAUGCAUAUAUAUACCAGGGCAUCACGAAUUUCUUAAAUGCCCAGGGGCCGUACUAUAAGAAAUCACCUAAGUACACAUGGCGGCAUAAAUACACGUGCAGCCAUAUAGGUAAAUGUAGCGGCUAAUUUCUCGACUGUGAUUGUGUGGUUAAGUUCGAGAAGCCGUCAGUGAUUGGCUUACGGAAUUAUAAACUCGUAACUAUUUUUUAUAGUACGGCUCCUAGUGCUAAACCAAUUGUGUUCUAGAGUCGCCCCAGAUUUAAAGUUUUGUUUGGAAGUUGGCCGUUAAAUCAAUGAAAUUAUAUCGAAAUCACUAAUCGUAUUCUUCAUAUUGAUUGAAAAGCCUGGAUGCGUUUGGUACGAACAGCCCUGCUUGUGAUUACCGUUAAAGAACUCAACCGCGUUGGCAAAUCAAGCAUUCUUUAAAAAUAUGAUCGUUGGAAACUCCACUUUUCAUUUCAAUUUCCGAAACACUACUCCAUCCUAAUGAAAUUAUUAAUCUCACAUACGUUUCGACGUGGACGCUGAUACGACACUGAUCAUAAUUUUAGCCUAUGUUGUGUAUAAAAAAACCCGGUGCAGGGUAUGCUAAGAGGUGCUAUCAUCACAUUUGUUAUUGCACAGCAUUUUAAUAUGACUAAUAAUAUUCUGCUUACUUUGCACGCCUUAUGAGCACUGAAGCCAUCGUGUUUAAUCGUUUCAAAUGUUGCUGCGAAGAGUUUGUGCAUUUUAUAUGCGAUAACCAUAGAUUUUGUGUUCAUUUUGUCACUAAAUAAAUCCUAAGUGAUUCCUUACUUCAGAAAAUUAUCUCCCUUUUCAUUCUUGGACCCUGAGUCCAGCUUGGAUAUUCUUCAAUAUGGUGGAAAUUUAUUAUCAGUAAAUUUAUACCGUAACGCUGAAUUUGCUCAUCACUAUUUUUUUGUAAAGUAAAACAUUCUUUCGUUCUUCUUUAACAUUCAUGCGUUGAUAUCAAAAUGUUUUUCCGUUUCUUUUGAUGUUUACAAUUUUCUGCAAAAUUUUUUGAUUAAAUUCGAUUUACUCAAGUUGAAACCGUGAGUCUUGAUAGAUGGCUACGUUUUAUGCUGUUUUUUCACUCUAAUUUACAUACUUGCAUCCUCGCUUGUACUUCAUUUAUAGGUGUAGUCGUCUUGUUUGGAAUUUAGCAGCUACGAAAUGAUCAAUUGAAUCUCUCAUUCUCAAAUAUCAAUCUAUCGGAACAAAAUGUGCAUAAACUAAGCUUCCAAAUUGAUUAAGUUGAAUUGAUAUUCCUUGAUUGAUAUUAGGCUGAGGAAACUGCUACUGAACCUUCUUCCUCAAAAUUUUUUAUAUAUUUUUACCCGAACUUUUGAUAUGGAACUAUUGACAAUAAUUAAUUGUCUUCAUGAACACGUGAUCUUGAAACCUU